CACAGUGGAGGUAGUGGUUAGCACUUUCGCCUUGCAGCAAGAAGAUCCCUCGGUUCAAAUCCCGGUAAUAAUGUUUGGUUGGUUUAAAGGACUAUUCCACCUUAAAUCUUUGAAUGUUGACCUAAAAGGUUGGUUUCAGGAAGUAUUCCACCUUCAAGGUCCUCACACAUCCACCUUAAAAGAACAUUCCACCAAAAAUUCCUGGACAUGCACCUAAAAUGUUGGUUUAACCGAGUAUUCCAUCCAAAAUCCUCAAAGAGAUCUGAGGGGCUGGUUAAAAGGAAUAUUCCACCUAUAACCUCAACUAGGGCAGUCUGUGUAGCAGCAACAGCAGAAAGAGGUCCUCUCUGGGUGGAAGAACGGCGUCUGAGUAGCAGCUCCCUUUCUGCUCUUACCUUACUCACUAAAUUCAAGCCCCAUGGAGGACUCGAGUAGUUGAUGUUUCCUGCUGCAACCUUCUCUUUUUCAGAUUUCUUCCACAUCCGAUCACUCCCGACCCAGUUUUUGUUGACUUUUUUGACUCUUUUUCCGAGCUUUGACCAAUCUGAGAACAUGAAGUACAUCAUCGGCAUCGUUGGCGUAACCAAUGGAGGGAAAACCACCCUCACCAACCACCUGAUCAAGAACCUGCCCAACUGCUGUGUGGUCCAUCAGGAUGACUUCUUCAAGCCCCAAGAUCAGAUUGAAGUUGGUGAAGAUGACUUUAAGCAGCACGAUGUCAUCACUGCUCUGGACAUGGACACCAUGAUGAGUCAGAUCUACGCGUGGCUGGAGAACCUGGUGAAGUUUGAGAAGUCUCAUGGUGUUAAUAACACCCUGAACACAGAGAUCAUCCCGAAGUCCAACCACAAGGAAGAGGAGGAGACUCACAUCCUCAUUGUGGAGGGCUUCCUGCUUCACACCUACAGGCCUUUGAUGGACGUGCUAAACCAUCGUUACUUUAUUUCCAUCUCAUAUGAAGAAUGCAAAAAGAGGAGGUGCUCUAGGGAGUAG